AUGGAUUUGCCAGACGACGGACCGGAUUUUCUGACUGAUGAUACACUCCAUGAAGCUUAUGAGCUUGAGAUUGAAUCAGAAAAGGGUAAUAAAGUUCGAUUCGGAGAACUCGUGGCAGGGAAAGGGGAUUCGAUAACAACGAUUGUCAUUUUUAUACGCCACUUCUUCUGCGUCUACGACCAAGACUACACCCGAAAUGUAGCCAGCCAGAUGACCCAAAAAUUACUGGAUACAGUACCCGCCAGUGCCCGACCAGCUCAAGUCAUACUUCUCGGAUGCGGAGAUCACAGCCUUAUAUUGCCCUAUAUGGAAGAGACAUCGGACCAAUUCCCCAUCUACACUGAUCCAUCAGGGAGGAUAUACGAGAAACUACAGAUGAAGAGGACAAUGCGCGGAUUCACAGAGCCGCCACCCUAUUCUAACUAUUCGUUGCCCACUGGUUUGGGGGAAUGUUUGAAGCAGAUAUGGAAGCGUGGAUGGGCGGGUCUUCGUGGGGGCAAUUGGACUCAGCAAGGUGGUGAGUGGAUAUUUCAGCGGGGAAAAUUACGAUAUGCACAUCGGAUGGAAGGAGCCCGUGAUCAUCUUACUGCGGAGCGGUUGCUGGAGAUCUUGAAUGUGGCACACGGGAAAGGUGAUGAUUUACCCUCAACCAGGGAGGAAGGGGAAGAAGUCGACGAAGAGGUACAGGGAUCAAACUGCGAGAGUCGAGCACAAGGCACGGAAUACAUAUAUAUCAGACCUUAG